AAACGCAAGAUGAUCCUCACAAAUUGCGCCGCCUGCGCUGCCCCACUGGCCCACAACGCGCCGCGUUGCGUUAGAUGUUGGACCCGCUAUUGUGAUGCCACUUGCCAGCAUGACCACUGGCGCCGCGGUCACAAGCAGAUGUGUAAGAAAAUACACCGCGGUGGCAACGCAGAGCAAUAUAACGCCGACAAAAAAUACAAGGAGGCCGUCGCGGUCGCGGUCGCGAAAUGCGCCGAGGACACGAAGGGGCAGACGUGCUACAUCUGCACGCAGGCCCUCCAUUGGAAGACGAAGGAAGGCCUCGUGCGUGGGUGCGCGUGCCGCGGGACGGCGGGGUUUGCGCACGUGUCGUGUCUGGCGGAGCAGGCGAAGAUUUUGCUCGCGGAGGCCGAGGAGAACAAUUUGGACGAAAAGGCAUUGCAGGAGCGGUGGACGCGGUGGCACGCGUGUAGCCUGUGCGAGCAGGACUACCACGGAGUCGUGGCGUGUGCGCUCGGGUGGGCGUGCUGGAAGACGUACGUGGGCCGGCCGGAGGCAGACCAGCUUCGGGGAUGCGCGAUGAACCAACUUGGGAACGGUUUAUCCGAGACAGACCAACACAAGGACGCGUUGUCCGUGCGAGAGACCGAGUUGGCUAUGCGGCGACGCCUUGGCUCGCCAGAACAGCAGAUUCUCGCCUUGCAGAACAAUCUUGCGAACUCGUAUGAAGCGCUUGGACGAGACGAAUCGGCCAUGAGUCUGCGGAAGGGCGUAUACUCUGCAUUUCUGAAGCUAUACGGCGAAGAACAUAGAAGCACCCUCUUAGAAGCCGACAACUACGCUAUGUCCCUGCUUAAUCUAGAGCGCGUCGAAGAAGCCAAGUCACUGUUGUUGCAAAUAAUGCCUGUGGCGCGACGCGUUCUCGGAGAUAACGAUGAGAUCACGCUCAAAAUGAGGCGGAAUUACGCGCAGACGCUGUACAUGGACGACAGCGCCACACUCGACGAUCUCCGCGAGGCAGUGACGACGAUCGAGGAAUUGGAACGGAUCGCCCGGCGCGUUUUUGGUGGCGCGCACCCUCUCGUAGUUGGGAUUGAGGGCGAGUUGCGAAAUUCACGAACAGUGCUUCGCGCCCGCGAAGACGGGAAAGAAGUUCAAUUCGUAAAACAUUAACUUACCA